UAACCGCUUACACAUAUUAUAUGAUUAAAACUGUACUUCUGGUAACACUAGUGCAAACAAUCAACGUUCAUUGGAUUUAUUUAUGAUCGUUGUGCACGUUUUGCCGUUGAUAAGACGUGCGUUUUUGUUUAACUAAAAGCAUUUAGAAUGUCACAACCACUUGAUAAUAGAGAUGAUAGAAAAUGUGGCAAACUCUGUGAUUCAAUAUUUGCCAAGGAUUCUGUAAAGCGAAAAUAUAAACCAAAGAAAAAAAUUAUCAGUGAUGAAAUAUUUAACGACAGUGAAAAAUAUUUAAGAGGUUUACCAGUUGAUCCCACUGGCGUUGAAACUAAAUUCUUUAAGGAAAAACUGAAGCAAAAGGAAAUAAAUUUAGAGUAUACCGCUGAGCAAACUUCACGCACAGAUGUAUUGCUGUGCGAAGAACAAGGAUUUAUCAAGGCUGAUAAUGGGGAAAUAACUGCUGAAUAUAAACAACGUGAAAUAGCGAGAAAUGUAGACAUUCAGUCAGCUGCUAAGUACUUUCGACUAAACCUAGAUUUUGGACCAUAUGUAUUGCGCUACACAAAUAAUGGUCGUCAUUUAUUGCUAGGUGGUCGUCGUGGACAUGUUGCUACUUUUGAUUGGAUAACUAAAAAAUUAAACUGUGAAAUUAAUGUCAUGGAGGAAAUAGUAGAUGUUUCAUGGCUACAUGUACAUACAUUGUUUGCAUGUGCUCAAAAGGAUUGGGUUUAUAUAUAUGAUAAUCAAGGCACUGAAAUACAUUGCGUUAAACGUUUAUACCGUGUUAAUCGUAUGGAAUUUUUACCUUACCACUUUUUACUAGCUACUGCCAAUCGUGAUGGUUAUCUCUCAUGGUUAGACGUGUCCAUAGGCGAAUUAGUAGGCAAUUACAACACUUAUCUUGGGGAAAUACAUUUAAUGCGCAACAACCCAUCGAAUGGAGUAUUAUGCAUUGGAGAUGGUAAAGGUGUCGUUUCAAUGUGGUCACCAAAGGUUCGUAAACCCCUAAUAAAACUAUUAUGUCAUCCAACACCUAUGACGGCCCUAACAGUAGAUUUUAAAGGCAAAAACAUUGUAACAGCAGGAUUAGACCGCAAAGUUAAAGUUUGGGAUAUUCGGAUUUUAAAAUAUCCAUUAGUUACUUAUAAUCUGCAUUUGCCAGCAAAACAAGUCGAAGUUUCCCAAAAAGAUGUACUAGCCUUUUCAAUGAGAAAUUCAUGUGAAAUAUACAAACAUCUAAUACUUUCCGAAAAUUCAAACACUCCCUAUCUACGGGUGCGCUGUGGUGGCUAUGUACACAGCAUGCGAUUUUGUCCAUAUGAGGAUAUAUUGGGAAUUGCUACAGAAAAGGGAUUUCAAUCUUUAUUAACUCCCGGAUCAGGCGAACCCAACUUUGAUGCUGUUGAGGAUAAUCCAUUCCAGACAAAAUCACAACUUAGGGAACAUGAAGUGCAUUCUAUAUUAGAUAAAAUACCAGCUCAACUUAUUACAUUGGAUCCAAAUGAUAUUGUCAAUGUUAAUAUACCCUCAUUGCAAGAAAAGAUCGACAAUAAAUUGAAGUUGUUUGAUGUAAAAUCACAGGUCCAUUCAACAAGUACAAAAUUGAAAAGAAACGGAAGCAAAAAUGUUACCCGCAAUAAACAAAUAAUCAAGGAACAAAACCGUAAGAAAUUUACCGAACAAAUUCGUAGAACUAAAAAAGAAGCCGUUGAAAAAUACAAAGUUAUAAAUGAUUAAAUUCAUAUAAAAAUGGAAAGUAAAUCAUACAUUUUAGAUCGUUUUAAAUCUAAUAAAAAAAAAUAUGAAUUUGAUAAACCUUUUA